AUAUUCGCUUCUAAUCCUCUCUUCUAUCAAAACGUUCUUUUAUUUUACAGAUUCUCAGAAAUGCAAGCGAUGGAAGCUUUUCCGUCGCACUUUGAGCAAAAUUUGCUGAAGGAGUCAUCCCAUUUAUAUUCCGAACCAUCAACUUCAAAACACCUGACCCCAAUUCCUAUGCCCAGAUCCCCGACACAACCACUUAGAGCGACGAGUUUAUUUUCCAAUGAGAUUCGAAGACUGAAAUUACAAUCUGAAGAUAUAAAUGAAGAAUCAGAAAGCUGCUCAUCUACUUCACCAAAAAGUUCAGUUGGUGGAAAUUCGGAUUCUUCAAAUCCACAAGUUGCAUCACAUUCAGGAGAAUAUAAGAAUUCAGAUGUGAAGCAGCCAACAACUCUACGUCGAAAGUCAGCAGAAGCCGAAGAUGCGAGAAGCACUAGUUUAACGGAAAGUGAAAAUAUUGGUCGUACCAGAACCGGGAGCAUGUCAGAAGAUCAUAAAAAGCCUUUCAAAAGUAUUCUUCGGAACUCUCCAUAUUUAUCGAAAGAAGAUAUUUCUCAAUCAAAUGAGAGCACGGCGAAUCGUCAAUUUCUCAAAAAUCGGGCGUCUUCAUUGACAAGAAAAGAGAAAGAUAUUUAUAAUGAUCGUACAGAACCGGGCAAUAAUGACGUCAUCGACAACUACUAUGCGAAAAAUUACUACACUGUUACAGGAAUAUACCAGAAGAACACAAAUUUCCCAAGAUAUGCUGGAUAUGGUGGAGAUAACGAUGAUGACGAUGAAGCAGUCAGAAGAAAUUACAACACAACAAAUAGUAAAAAGACAAUGUCAAUGGCCCAGAGUACUCGCAGUGUUCCAAUUGUUCCUGUUAAUAACAGAUUCCACAAGUCGUUCUAUUGGUUUGCACAUAACCACAAAAAGAUAGGAUUCCGUCACGUCUGCAUGCUUCUUCUUGUACUUUUGUACACACUUCUCGGUGCCGCUCUUUUCUUUUCAAUUGAAUCACGCCAUGAACACGAGACAAUGCAUUUCCACAAAAGAAAACUGGAUCGAAUAAUCUAUGAAAUCGCUCAAACCCUUGAACUUGAAGUGUUAGACCCAAUGAAACUAACAAAUAUCACCCAAAUGGAAUACUUUAUCACGCGUGCUUACGUCAAACUACUGAAUGCCGAAGAUUUGUACUCUGGAAGUACUUUUUAUAAGCAUGAGGAUCCAAAAAAUUUGAAAUGGACAUAUGGAUCUGCGUUCUUUUUUUCAAUGAAUGUUUACACUACUACGGGUUAUGGAUCCAUUGCUCCAUCAUCUUCUCUUGGAAAAGCUCUUGUAAUUGUUUAUGGUUUGAUAUUUGUGCCCUUAACAGCCGUGGUAAUUCGUGAUCUUGGACAGUGGGCACUUCUAUAUUUAACCAAAAUGUACACUAUUCUUAUCGAUAGUUUCCGUCGAGUCAGAGGAUUUGUUGAUAAGCUCGAUGAAGAUGAGAUUAUCACUCUUCCCAUCAAGUUUAGUGUUUCUGUAAUGAUAUUAUACUUACUCUCCGCUACAAUGUUUAUAUUCGAAUACGACGAACUGUCUGGACCACCUGAUUCUGGAAUUUCAUUUUUCCAUGCUUUCUACUUUUCAUUCAUUUCAAUGUCAACUAUCGGUUUAGGAGAUGUUAUGCCAAAUAAUGUAACAUUCUCUCCAUUAAUCACUAUUAUGUUUUUCUUUGGAAUGCCGAUUCUUAAAGUUGUCAAUAGAGUUACGUAUAUUUGUCUGGAAAAUGGAGUUUUUGGAUCGAUGACAGUGCUUGAAAAUCGACUAGAUACCAUUUGGAGCAAGGCAACAGUAUUACCAACAGGCCAAGUGAUUUCUGAGCCACCAACGAUAGAUGUUGCAAGUCGGAAAACGUCGAUGUUGAGUGAAGGAAUGAUUCCAGAUGAAAACGAUGGUUCGGUUCCAAAUGAAUACCUGAACAACUUCACAAUUCGUUCCAUUGCAACAUUCAUGAAAGCCAACGGAGAUGUAUACGGAGGUGCAUUUGGUCGUGUGAAUAUCCGUCGAGGUGACAUACGGAACCCAGGGUCUGCUGCUGAUAAUCAAGCAACUGUUCGAUCAACUUCCCAAAGAGAGAAUAAUGUUUAAUUGUGGAAUUUUACCUAAUAAUAACUUAGUUAAAAUAGUUUGACAAAAAACAAGAGCAACCAUAUUUGUACAAUUUUUACAUAUCAAAACUUCUCCCAGUCAUAUUUAUUUACUGAUGUUUUUAAAAUUUUCAUAAACAAUACUAUUUUUG